CAACAGCAAGAUUUAUCAGAUCAUUUCCCAUGAAUGAAAUGUUACAGUGAGGGACUUUACGUCACUCAACCUGAUUCAUUGUAGGCUUGCAGUAUUCCAUGGUUAGGUUUAGUUUCUUCUUUAUUAAUGGAUUUCUAAUAAUUUUCAUUGCAGAGAGACAAAGUCGUGUUGCCAUUGUUGUUAAGGCUACAGGUGAAAGCUCUGAAUCUUCGACUUCUCUGAGUGUUGUUAAAUCUGUACAAAAUGUUAAUCCAGGAGUUCCCCCUGUUGCAGCCUCAAAGCUUUCACCGCUUCCUCCUGAACCUGUUGACUAUGAUCGUGGUCCUACAGUUAAUAUCCCUCUUGAUAAUGGAAAGGUAGACUAAAGUUCAAAGGAUGUUGAACCUGUUUCCUAUUUUUUUGCAUAGACAUAGGCUUUGUUAAUUUCAUUAUCCUCUGCUGCAAUCUACAGGUGAAUUGAGGAGGAGGGAGCAGGACUGAUAGUGCAUUGACGUUUGGGUGGUUUUUCUUGAGUUACGUGGUAUUAUGCCAAAAAUAUUACCGGAGAUAUCUAUGAAUUUGGGUGGAUUAGUGAGAUGUACGGUUAUUCUUUUGGUGCAGCAAAGUAUGUCACCCGCUAUUCACGAAAAUCCUUACGAGUCCUCGGUAGUGUAGGCGAGACUAUAAAUCCUAGUGCAUGGAGGUGGUUUUUCAAUAUAGUUGGAGAUUCAAGAUGCCUCAUAUCUGACACUUGGUGGCAAACAAAGACAGGUGGCUUUAUGCACUACACUGCAGCUUGCGGAGGACAAAAGCUUCAGAAUGCUGUUGUCAAUGCUUAUGCAAUGGGUAAGGUGAGGAUGUUAGCUUCUGAUAUCGAGACAGCCACAAAGGUCAUAUAGAGCAGGAAUUCCUCCAAAGCUGCAGAGUUAGGUGGCUUUGUGCUCUAGCAGAUGAAUCCAGAUAUGUGGUAUGUGGAGCUGGCUCUUGGUGGCAGCAAAAUUCAUGCUGGAUAUAACGGCAAGCUUGUUUGAAGGCACACACCGUGGCUAUUUCAGCCAGAAAAUUGGGCUCCUUGUACACCUUGAAGACUCCCAUUUGACUUGCAUCCAAAGCAAUGGCACGGAUGCUGUGUAGUUGGUUUUUCCUGUAUUAUGUAUGAAGUUAAAUUAUUGACGUUGGAUUAGACUUGGUUCUUAUGGAAUUUGUAAUAUAUAUAUAUAUAAUUGGACGUUCAAUAUUAAUUUUUUGGAUGGUUGGAACUAAAAU